AUGGAUGACCCUAUCAACUUCAUCACCGCGGAGGAAUACUAUCGGGGGGCCCAAGGUUGGACAGGGCCUACUAAGAUAGUUGCACUUUCUCAAGUGCCCCCAACCACUGCUGCCCAGCCAAAGUACUGGCACGGGGUAACUCUUACUUUUGAUGAUCAAACUCUUUGUGUUGUUCAAUUUGUUCGCCCUACCCUCUUCAGAGUUCGAUAUGAUCCUGCUGUUGGAAGCCCGGAGGAAUAUGAUGACGCAAACAGGUAAGUCUGAACCCCGGAUAGUGGUUGGUGAUAAAUACAUACUAAUCAUGCCUUUUACGCCGAGGAUAUAGUCGCACAAUAAUUGAGGACUAUAUGUCCCAGCUUGUUCACGAUUUGGAUACCUUCCUAGGCAUCACUUGGACUACUAAUCUUGAAGAGUCAGCAGAUCAGAAGUAUUGGAUUUUUUCGGUGAGAUUCGGUUCUUGUCGUUGGAUACUUGCCUAACCCACGUUUACGUUAGUCAACUGUCACGGAGGUAGACAAAGAGGGAAAGGAGCAAUAUUAUAAAGUCGGGGAUGGAAUGAAACUUUUCCUUCACAAAGACCCCUUCCGUAUCCAGGUGCUAGCAUGAUUGCCCCUUUGUUCCUAGCUGUGUACUUACAAGUGAUACGGCAGGCGGUCCGAGUGCUGACACCUUUGCCCGACCUCUACCCACUCCCGGAAACACCUUCAACAAGCUCGCGUGCAAUCGAGAAGAUCGUUUGGCAAACCUCCCCAAGGACCUUCCUCUGGAAUGUCCAUCCAGUAGUUUCGGUUGUCAAGCAGGUUGUUUUAGACGUUAUCAAGGCUGGGCAUGGUGAGUUUAUUGGCUUUGGGGAGCAAGGAGGCACUAGCUUCAUGAAAACCCCAACCUUUAUGAACUACUUCAGUUAGUAAUUCCUAGGAUAAGACCUGAAUAGAUUAUAUUUAACAUUACUAACCGGGAACCUUGGCAGAUUUUGACAACAUGCAGUACCAGCAGGUGUAUAGCAGAGGCCCUCUGGAUGCCCGGGAGCCUUUGUAGGUAUUCCCCUUUCGGGUCGGUGUGAGCUUGCAAACUUACACAUCUCGGGCCAGAUAUCACUCUGACCCCUUUUACAUGGACGUGAAUUCAAACCCAGAACACGCAAACGUUACAGCAAGCUUCUUGGAUAACUAUUCUCAAAUAGCUGUCGAUUUCGGGUUCACCAAUUCUGGUUUCAUCAAGCUAGGAACCAGAUUUAAUGCGAUGGAUAUCUACGUGAUCAGUGCCGACACAGUGCCAGAAAUUACUCGGUUAGCCUGCCCAGCUCCCCGCCAAGACUCUCCUUUCCCCUUCUAGUAUUCACUGACCUUCUUCUGUACUAUCAGGCUAUAUACUAGCAUUAUAGGAAGGCCGAAACUGAAGCCGAAAUAUGUUUUAGGUCACCACCAAGCUUGUGAGUUCGCAGAAAUUACCUUUCACUCUCUCUUUAUGGCUUAAUUUUCACUCCCCUAAUGCUCGGAGCGUUUCACUAGGUUACGGGUAUGAGAAGGUGGAAGAUCUUUACGCUGUGGUUGACCAAUACCGCGGUGUCGGCAUCCCUUUGGACGGACUGCAUAUCGAUGUUGACUUCCAAGUAUACGGGCUCCCCGGAACAUUGGAAGGAGUUAUUUGAGUUACUAACUCUUGUUUUUUUUGUAGGAUGGGUUCAGAACCUUCACUACCAACCCGAAAACCUUCCCGGACCCUAAGGGAAUGUUCGCGGAACUUCGGAAGAACGGUAUAAAAUGCUCUACCAAUAUUACCCCUGUCAUUAGUAUCAAUGACCGGGAGGGUGGCUAUUCGACUCUAAGAGAAGGGUUAGAAAAGGGGUAAACAUUGAUCACCUGCCCGGAAGUUUUGCUAGGAGGCUCCACCUUCAAUAGAGCGAGAUGUUCGAAGCUAAUACCAUGCCGCCCCGUAACUAGUUAUUUCAUCAAAGAUAGGAGAUACACCAAUGGGACUAGUGGAAAAGCGGAGGACGUCUUGUACGUUUGCUACGGUGGAGGCUCGAGAUACACUAUCGACCCCAAGGAUGUCAGUAUAAGGCCGGACUUCAGGGAUAACUAGUAUGUCUAUUCAGUCUUUCUGUGUUUCUACCUACCUACUUCUAGAAGCUAAUCCUGCGGUGUAGUGAUUUCGUGGCAAAUUGGAAUGUCAAGGAUUAUCCAUAUCACGGUGGUGUAAGCUAUGGAUACGGUAACGGUACGGUAAGUAACACUACCGUGUAGUGCACAGGCGAGCGAACAGGUUUUGAUUUUCCAUCCAGGCCGGAUAUUAUCCCGAUCUAAAUCGAAAAGAAGUCCGAGAAUGGUGGGGCAAGCAAUACAAUUACCUCUAUGACAUGGGUCUUGAGUUUGUAUGGCAAGACAUGACUACACCCGCUAUCCAUACGUCCUAUGGCGAUAUGAAGGGGUAAGUAGAGAGAAAAACUCUUCAUCUACUUCCCUUUACUAACGACUCUAUGUUUUUUGGGAUAGGCUACCCUCACGUCUGCUCAUGAGCUCUGAUUCUAUUUCAUCAACGGGAGCAACUAAAAAGACUGCAGCCGAAAUUUGGGCUCUGUAUUCUUACAAUCUUCACAAAGCAACUGCUCACGGUCUGGACACUUUGGAGCAAUUACUUCCCUUCCGCAAGAACAAACGCAAUUUCAUUCUUGGGCGCGGAAGCUUUGCCGGAAUGUAUCGCUAUGCUGGGCUCUGGAGUGGAGACAAUGCUAGCACUUGGGAAUUCUGGAAGAUCACGGUUUCCCAGGUGCUCUCAGUUGGCCUAAAUGGCGUCAGUAUCUCCGGGUCUGAUAUGGGGGGGUUUGAGCCCUAUUUUAAUCCUAGCACUGGGCAAGAAGAAAAGUAUUGCAACCCAGAAUUGUUGAUCCGCUGGUAUGCUGGAUCUUUCUUGCUCCCUUGGUUCAGAAACCACUAUGUCAAGAAGACCAGAAAGUGGUUUCAGGUAUUGAAAUCCCUAUUUGUGAUUGCGUACUCCUGAAUUCUUCUGCAGCUAAGCAAGGAUUGUCAUCAAAAGGAACCCUAUGCAUACCCUAAACAUCUGGCACAACACCCGGAGUUGGAGCCCAAGGAAGGGUGGCUAUAUCGUGCGGUUCAGGGAAUCUGCAAGUACUAUGUCGAACUCCGAUACUCCCUCAUCCAAGUUCUCUAUGACGCCAUGUUUGACAACCAGAUCAACGGGCUUCCUAUUGCAAGGUCCAUGGUAUGUCCCCAAGUGUUUUCUUCAAUUAAACGGGCCUUAUUCGCGGUGUGGGGCUUCUAACGAGAUUUCUGGAAUCCUAGCUCCUGACAGAUACCCAAGACACUUCAUUCUUUAACGAGAGUCAGAGGUUUCUGGACGACCAGUAUGUUGUUCGAAAGGAUAUUCUUGUUGCCCCAAUCAUCAAAGGGAGCCAUGAGAACCCUGGCCAAAAUAGAGAUGUUUACCUUCCAUUAAUGUACUUCUGGUAUCCAUCCAAUUUGAGGCCGUGGGAUGACCAGGGUGUUGCUCUCGGUUCGAGGGUCGAAGGAGGGAGCGUAAUCAACUAUACUGCAAGAAUCACAAAUGAGUAUAGUAGCUAUCCGUUUGUUACACCCGUUUAUCUUAGAGAGGGUAAUGAAUUUAUAUUGAUUCUCCCUUAGGACCCAGAACUGAUAUUGGGGACAAUAGGUGCUAUUAUUCCACAGGUUGGAGUCAGACAAUGGAUCGGAGACCUCAGCGGUGGUCCAAACCGCAUGAAGAUAAAUAUCUAUCCCGGGAGAGACAAUGUAUGACCCCCCCGUGUCUAAUGGUCGUACGUUAACAGUUUUUCUCCCCCCAGGAGUACAUAACAUAUCUCGACGAUGGCGUCAGUCGCAGUAGUGCCCCGGAUGAUCUCUUGCAAUACCAGAUAAAGGCUGCCAUGGCCACAGCUAGAAAAGAAACGGAUAUCGGGUCUUCCGACUCGGAGGCUAAGGGUGAACACCGCUCUAUAUCAAUCUCACAGGUUGUAGCCACCUUUUAACGUUUUGGGGAUUCAAAUUGACAUCUCUCGCGUUUGACAGACCACCACACAGCCAAUUUCAACUAGUUCCACUCGCGCAGUCACUAUUACUCCGGUUCACAGCAACUACAAUCCCGCUGCAGAGUUAGGCGAGAAGUAUACUAUCAUCCUUUGGUAUGAUCCUGGGGUGGACGUAUCUCGGCUUAGGGUAUCUGUUAAUCCCGCGACUGGAGUUGAAUAUGAUAUUUCCAGAAACACCACAUUGCGCACAGUUGUGGUUGACAUUAAUGAAACUAUUGGAAAUUCUCCCAAGAUUGUCAUAUCUGUUUCACCCUAA